CCACCUGAAUGAACUAGUCCUUAGAGGAGCCAAGGACACUUGUCAGCUGCCCAAAGGAGGAAGCAGAGGUCCCAUCUGCAGUCGGGGUGUCCUUUCCCUCCUCCCCAGUGAGAAGAGGGGACUGAAGCCCAUCCAGCCCCAGCAUUCCCAGACAGAGACUUUGAAGAAAUGGAGGCCCGAGAGGUCUCAUGACAUGCGUGGGGCACACACGUAGUGCACACACCUACCCAGGUGCUGCUGUCCCACGGUUGGUGGGGAGCCCAGGCCAUGGUUGCCGUCUCCCGCCCCCGCCAUGGACGAGAUCACCUUCAAAAGCGACACCGUGCUGUCAGACGUCCACCUCCACACCCCGAACCAGAGACACCUCAUGGUGCGGCUGAGUGGCGUGGGGCAGCCCGUCUUCCUGUCCCAGUUCAAGCUUCUGUGGAACCAAGCCUCUCAGACAGACUCGGGGGCUGAGGGUGGCAAUCACAGAGCCCAUCCCGCAGAGGUGACUCCUCCUGCCAGGUCCCCUCCAGGGAGUGGCUGCAGCAGUGAGGGGGUCUCCCUCCAGGCUGGGGCUGAUACCACCAGCCAGGAGGAGGUGGCAGCUCAGCUGGACGAGGAUGGGGACUUGGACGUUGUGAGAAGACCACGGGCUGCCUCUCCCUCCAAGCCCUCGGGGCCUCCGAGAGACAAGGUACAUCCCAUGAUUCUAACGCAGGAGGAAGAUGACGUCCUGGGAGACAAAGCACAAGAGAGUAGCCCCUACGAUGUCAUCAAAAUAGAGCACACCAUGGCCACCCCCCUGGAGGAUGUUGGCAAGCAGGUGUGGCGGGGCGCCCUGCUCCUGGCGGACUACAUCCUGUCCCAGCGGGACCUCUUCCGGGGUCGCACGGUGCUGGAGCUCGGGGCGGGCACCGGGCUGGCCAGCAUCCUCGCGGCCACCGUGGCGCAGACCGUCUACUGUACAGAUGUCGGUGCAGAUCUCUUGGCCAUGUGCCAGCGAAACAUUGCCCUUAACAGCCACCUGACUGCCACUGGAGGCGGUGUGAUUAAGGUCAAGGAACUGGACUGGCUGAAAGACGACCUGUGCACAGAUCCCGAGGUCCCCUUCAGCUGGUCGGAGGAGGACAUCUCCGACCUCUACGGCCACACCACCAUCCUGCUCGCGGCCGAAGUGUUUUACGACGAUGACCUAACUGAUGCUCUGUUUAAAACACUGUGCCGACUGGCUCACAAGUUGAAGAAUGCCUCCACCGCCAUCCUCUCUGUGGAAAAGAGUUCAGCAUCUGGAACGGCCCUGAGGAAGCGAUCCCAGCCGUGCACAGAGCCGUCCAGAUGGACACAUCUGUUGCAGCGUUGUUUACACCGAUGACGUCCAGGACCCCCUUCAGGGUCCACGUGACCAGUUGCAACGUGUGGACCCGAUCACUCCGGUGUGAUCUUGGGCACGUGCCUCCCCCUCUCUGAGCCCCAGUCCCCGCCUGAGCGGAGGCCGUAGCGGGCCCCACCUCCCAGGCUCUCCUGCAGAUGCCGGAAGGCCGCGCACUGGGGCCCAGCACGCAGGAGGCGCUCAGUUAAAAUCCAGCGCCGUGACGGAAGGGAGCAGCAGAGCCUCUGGUGGUGACAGGCAGU